CGUGGCGACUGUGCCUCGGAAGAAGUUUAGUGCAUGGAUUGGAGGGCGGAGUAAGGCAUGCAGAUCGAUUUGACAUGUGAUUUGACCCUGAUGGAUGCAUACAACCGUGAGUCGUACGUGAACCAAUCAAUGGGGUUGGGUAUGUUUUCCAGCGUUUGUCGAAUGGAUCGAUUCUGUGGGCCACGCGGGGAUAAGGUAGAGGGGUGAGCGGUGAGGUGGAUCGAAUGUAUGGCUGGAAGGUUUGCCCAAACAAGCCCAUCCGCAUGGCGUUGAAGAUGCAGAAACAGGAUGUGCUAGCCGAGUUUGAAAUGAGAGCAAAUCAGGCGAUUCUAGAGUUGAAAGAGCAGGGGCUGAAUUCGGCCGUUUAUUGGAAGAACACAGAUGUCAGAAAGAAUGUGAGCAUUAUACCCACAAGUGCUAUAAGUGGGGAGGGUAUCCCUGAUCUCUUACUCCUACUAGUGCAGAUGACCCAGAAGAUGAUGGAGGAAAGACUGAUGUAUAUCAGUGAGUUGCAGUGUACAGUUCUUGAAGUGAAGGUCAUUGAAGGUCUUGGAACCACAAUCGAUGUGGUGCUGGUGAAUGGAGUUCUUCACGAGGGUGACCAAAUCGUUGUAUGUGGAUUGCAAGGGCCGAUAGUUACCAACAUUCGGGCCUUGUUGACACCUCAUCCUAUGAAAGAACUCCGUGUGAAGGGCUCUUAUCUUCAUCAUAAAGAAGUGAAGGCAGCGCAAGGAAUCAAGAUCACAGCACCGCAUUUGGACUCUGCAAUUGCAGGUACACAGCUGUAUGUUGUCGGGGAAGAUGAUGACGUGGAUCUCAUUAAGGAGGAGUGCAUGAAGGACAUGGCCAGCAUUCUCAGCCAGGUGGACAAAAGCGGAGAAGGAGUGUGUGUCCAGGCCUCAACGCUCGGUUCACUCGAGGCCCUGCUUGAGUUCUUAAAGACACCAGAGGUUAACAUUCCGGUCAGUGGAAUAAGUAUUGGGCCCGUUCACAAGAAGGAUGUAAUGCGUGCUGGUGUGAUGUUAGAAAGAAAGAAAAAGGAGUACGCAACCAUCCUGGCGUUUGAUGUGAAGGUGACUCCGGAGGCAAAGGAAAUGGCAGAGGACUUAGGCGUGAGGAUAUUUACGGCAGACAUUAUCUAUCAUCUUUUUGACCAGUUCAAUGCGUACAUGGCAAAUGUCAGGGAGGAAAAAAGGAAAGAAGCUGCGGAUGAUGUUGUCUUCCCUUGUGAGCUCAAGAUUUUGCCGACAUGUAUCUUCAACAAGAAGGACCCAAUUGUUCUUGGGGUGGAAGUCAUGUCAGGAAUUGUCAAGAUUGGUACUCCGUUGUCUGUGCCGUCGAAGGAAUUCAUUGAUAUUGGCAGGAUUGCAUCCAUAGAGGUCAAUCACAAGCUUGUGGACACUGCGAAGAAAGGGCAGUCCGUGGCAAUAAAGAUUGUUGGGCAGAAUGCGGAAGAAUCUCAGAAGAUUUAUGGCCGGCACUUUGAUCACAGCGAUCUGCUUGUCAGUCGAAUAUCGCGAAAAUCCAUCGAUGUACUGAAGGAGAACUACAAGCAUGAGAUGACUGAUGAUGAUUGGCGCACCGUGGUGAAGCUAAAGAGAGUCUUUAGUAUACAAUAAAUAAAAGCUUUGGCCACAGUUGUGCAGCGUGGUGGACUGGCAGCAGCAGAACUCAGCGCAGAUCUGAGCUCUGCUGCCCUUUGUUGUGACUGUUUUGGAAGUUUGAGCUCAUAUGUCCGUGAGACGUUGAGGGACACUUCGAGGUGAGAUCCGAGGAGGUGGACGUGGAAGGUUUGUUGCUGCCAGUUGAGGGACUUUGAGUUGAGAUAUGAGGAGGUGGACGUGGAUUGUUUUGUUGAUUGCUUAGCUGUGUCAUCUUUGUUUGUCGUUAGAGGUUCCUUGCUGCGGAGAGGGAGGCCAGUUGGCAAAGUUUGAUGCUCCAGGCAUAUUAAGGUAACGGGCGCGAUAGUUUUUUUUACAUAGGAUCCCAUUGUGUGUUGGUACUGGUUACGUGGAAGGCUACGUGAAAUCCACAGCCAUUUAGAAGAGUAUAAUUUGCUCGAAUGCGUGCAGACAAAUCCUUCCUGCCUUGCCUUCGUCCCCCAUGGCUGGCUCGUGGCCCUUCCUUCCCUGCCAUCAUGUCCGUGAUGUUGUUUCUCUCUUUCGAGGUUGUUUCAAGCAUGGAGAAGGGUUGAUUGAUGACUUUGUGCUUUGUCCUUGAUUGAUUGAUGAAGGUUUCUGUGGUAUCCUGUCUUUUCAAUCAUGAGUUCUUCAUGUGGGCCAUCGUUUUCUGCUGUUCCCUGUCCGGCUCCGUUGUCAGUCCUUCUGCGAUAGGCAGCAAUUCAUGUUUCUCUCUUUCGAGGCUUGUUUCAGGCAUAAAGAAGGGGCGUUCCUUGGCUUUGUGCCAUCUUCGUUGAUGGCUUCUUCGUCGUCCUCUCUUCUCAAUCAUUAAUUGUUCAAGUGGCCCAUCUUUUUCGUGUGUUCCCUGUCCGUGUCUCUUGUCAGUUCCUCUGCGAUGGGCAGCAAUGAGCCCAGUUGGGUGUGUGCUUCGUAUUCGUCCUCUCGUCUCAAUCAUCCGUUCUUCAGGUCGGCCAUCAUUUUUUUCAAUUCCCCGUCUGUCUCCUUUCAGUUGUUCUCCAAUUGGUAGCAAUGUGUCCUGUUGGGUGUGAUCUAUAUAAAUAGGAUGUCCGUUUUGACUUCGGUCUCGUGUCUGGAAGGUGCUCUGCUCCUCUGGAGAUGAGAUGGUCGUUUGGCAUAAUGAUGUGUUUCACAACAAAGUUCAUUUUGUGUUGUCAGGAGAUGAGACGGUCGUUAUGUUUGAUGGCAUAGAAAACUGAAUGGUGCAGCAAUGUCAAUUGAAAAUUCAUUUCGCUCUCUGAGAUGCGAUGCUUUUGACCGUCCGUCAAAUUGUAAAAUGGACCACGGUUGACGCUUCACAGACGUCAGUAUGCUUAGAGGAGAGGACGGGUUACAUAUUUGGCGUUGGAGCACACUCGACGACUCGACGACGAGGCAUAUUAGAUGGACCUCAAUGGCAGGUAGAUUACCGUUGUCUUGUGUUUUCUUCUUUUUCUCCUUGUUUGGGAAUACAGCGUAUGUAAAGUGUGCGAGUGGGCGUGGUGCCGGAUCGAGUGCUGGGGGAGUGCUGCUUUUUGGUAUCUCGUCUGUUUUGGCCACGGCGUUCUUAUUCAUUGUAAUAGAGUAGUGAUUGCAUGUGGUCCACGAAAGGAGUUUGUAGAACUGAGGGGGGGGGGGGGGGUAUCUUGACAAACAAAAUCAUUUGCUUUUAUGUAAUGGAAAAGAGAUUGGAUAUUCUUCUUGUAGUUUCUUGAGAAAGGAAGACGGAAUGAAAGUAGGUUGAAGGA